GUUAAUGAAAUAGUCAACUGUCGUUAGCAGGCUGCGUCUAAUUACAGCGGAAGUCAUGAGCUUACAGGAGGAGGGUCCCCAGGAGCCCCACCAGGAGACACUGCAGCAGAUAUCAGCCAGAAUAAUUCAGAAGGCCUGGCGAAGAUAUGUGUACAGGGAGGUCUUCAAGUAUUUCAAAGAGCUUAUCAGCCGUUGCAACCAGGGGGAUCCACACACAAUCCUCAAAACUGUCAAUCCUCGAGAGGCAGAGUUACUGGAUGCUGCUGCUGGCGUGUUCAUCCGAUUUCGACUCGGAGGGAUUACCUUUCCUCCCAACAUCUAUUAUAAGAUCUUCACCUAUCGACCCGUCAUGGACGUGUGUGCCAGCAGCCCAAAGGACUACACCCAGCCUGGCCUUAAGAGGCCUGUGGCCCGGCAGGCCAACAACAGCUGGCCUCUUGUGCAGGAGGACCGAUCAGGAUGGUACCAGCGCAUGGAGAACAACAGCUGGAGGCUCUUCUGUUGCAAGGGGCUUCCCAUGGGUGAGCCCAUUGAGAUCAGUGCCAACACGAAAAUGGACUUUCACUAUUCCAGGUUGCAGCGGCAGCAGGAUGUAGACAAGUGGCGGAAGAAGAGGAAAAUUGAAUGGCUGAAGCAGAUGUAUAACCAGGGUCGUGUGCAGACUCAUCCCGUGCAUGGACACAUGGUGACAUUGGUGGGGAAUUCAGCCCAGGAAGUGAUGGACAUCACUGAAAAUAUGGGGGAGGAUGAGAUACUAGAAUGGGAGCUGGAUGAGCUGCUGGCUUGGACCAACACUCUCAGCUUUGAGGAGUAUAUGCGUGAGUGGAGAGGUUUGGCCUGCAGCUGCUCCUCUGAGCCAAGCAAAGAUGUUCCUUCAUGUCCCCCCAGGUUAGAUCCACAUGAGUCUGCUGCUGUGGCUGAUGAGGACAGUUAAGUAAAACAGAAUCAAAGUAUCUGUGCUGUACACAAUUAGCAUUCUCUAAAGUCACACUUUAUCUCCACAACAGUAGGGAACACUAGUGUGUCUGUAAGAUGGGACACAAACCUGUAAUCAUUGUUUCCUGUUCCUGUCCAAAGAACUACAGACUUAUUAUCUAUGCAAUGAAGUUAUCAUCGAUGCAGUAAUCAUUUAAAAACAAUAAAG